CCGACAGAGCCCAGUGAGCUCAGCUUUGAGGAUGGAGUCAGGUGGAACGUCCUCAACCCCUCCAGGACUCCCUGCUGCUCUGGGGAUGACAGAUGCUGGGCCUGGCAGCUCCUCUCUGGGCAAGCUCCGAGCACUCCCUGUUGGGCCUCGGGCUCACUGCAGGGACCCUGGUAGCCCAGCUGCAGCAGGGGACAGUUCCCCAGAUACUGGCCCUGUUGGGGAGCUGAGCAGUGGUAUGAAGAUCCCCAACCGGGACAGCGGAAUUGACAGCCCAUCUUCCAGCAUGGCUGGAGAGAACUUCCCUUCUGAGGAGGGCAGUGAGGCCAGCCCAGGCCCUGCAGUGCUGGGAUUGAACCCUGAGACAGCCCCACACAGCCAGGUCCUGCAGGACACUCCCCAGGAGGAGGCUGACAGUGACGUGGGUGAGGAACCCGAUCUUGAGAACUCUGCCCCCAGGGCUGACAAGGUUGCCAGCCUGGCUCAGCACUCUGACCCCCAGAAGCUGCUCCACAUUGCCCAGGAGCUCCUGCACACUGAGGAGACCUACGUGAAGCGGCUGCACCUGCUGGACCAGGUUUUCUACACCAGGCUGAGUGAAGCAGGGAUCCCUCCAGAAGUCACCACUGGCAUCUUCUCUAACAUCUCCUCAAUCCACCGUUUCCAUGGGCAGUUCCUACUGCCUGAGCUGCAGACACGGAUCACAGAGGAGUGGGACAUGAACCCCCGGCUCGGGGACAUCCUGCAGAAGCUGGCACCCUUCUUGAAGAUGUAUGGCGAGUAUGUCAAGAACUUUGACCGGGCUGUGGGGCUGGUGAGCACUUGGACCCAGCGCUCCCCGCUAUUUAAAGAUGUCGUCCACAGCAUCCAGAAAGAGGAGGUGUGCGGGAACCUGACACUGCAGCACCACAUGUUGGAGCCUGUGCAGAGGGUCCCCCGGUACGAGCUGCUGCUGAAGGACUAUCUGAAGAGGCUCCCAGGCGAUGCCCUGGACCGGAAGGACGCAGAGAGGUCCUUGGAGCUCAUCUCCACAGCUGCCAACCACUCCAAUGCUGCCAUUCGGAAAGUGGAGAAAAUGCACAAGCUCUUGGAGGUAUACGAACAACUGGGUGGGGAGGAGGAUAUUGUCAACCCAGCAAAUGAGCUGAUCAAGGAGGGUCACAUCCAGAAGCUGUCAGCCAAGAACGGCACCACCCAGGACCGUCAUCUCUUCUUGUUCAACAGCAUGAUCCUUUACUGUGUGCCCAAGCUGCGGCUCAUGGGCCAGAAGUUCAGUGUCCGGGAGAAGAUGGACAUCUCAGGCCUCCAGGUGCAGGAUAUUGUCAAGCCGAAUGCAGCACAUACGUUCAUCAUAACAGGAAGAAAAAGGUCCCUGGAGCUGCAGACUCGGACAGAAGAAGAGAAGAAAGAAUGGAUUCAGAUUAUCCAGGCCACCAUUGAGAAGCACAAGCAGAACAGUGAGACCUUCAAGGCCUUUGGAGGCUCCUUUAGCCCAGAUGAGGACCCCAGCCUUCCUCCAGAGAUGCCUAUGGGGAACACCAGCUCUGGGGAGUCUGCGGUGAUGACGGAAGGCAGCAGUGCUACAACAGGGCUUGAGCCCAGAAAACUAUCAUCUAAGAUCAGGCGUGACAAGGAGAAGCAGAGCUGUAAGAGCUGUGGGGAGACCUUCAACUCCAUCACCAAGAGAAGGCACCACUGCAAGCUAUGCGGGGUGGUCAUCUGUGGGAAGUGCUCUGAGUUCAAGGCUGAGAACAGCAGGCAGAGCCGUGUUUGUAGAGAGUGUUUCCUGACACAGCCAGUGGUCCCUGAGAGCCCCAGUCCUGAGGCUUCAGCUGAGCCCAAGCAGAGCACAGAGAAGCCACCCACUGUAGAACCUCGGCCCAGCCUGUUCUGUGGGCCCCUGCGACUGUUGGACAGUGGCGAGGCCUGGAGUGAGGUAUGGGCCACCAUCCCUGUGUCGGACCCCCAGGUGCUGCACCUGCAGGGAGGGAGCCAGGACAGCCGGCUGCCUCUCACCAUCCCUCUCACAAACUGCAUGGUAAGCGUGCCUGAUCCCAAGGAGAGGCCAGAUUCAGGGCAUGUGUGGAAGCUGCAGCGGGCCCAGCAGUCCUGGUACUUGAGUGCUCCCUCUGCAGAGCUGCAGCAGCAGUGGCUGGAGGCCCUGAGUACUGCCACCCAAGGGGACAUGGCCCAGGACAACCCCGGGACUCUGCAGCUUCAGGCCCCUGUGGAUGCGGCUGCUCUAUGAGCUAAGCCUGCUCUUGGACUGCUGUGUUGGGCCUAUGGUCUCCUGGGAGACCUGGCAUCAGAGGUCACAUGAAAGGUGCCUGGAACUGCUAAGGAUGGGUUAAUAGCCCUGAGCUCUGAGCACUUGGCCCUGGAGGGUCCUGCAUCUUCAGAGAGAAGGAAACUGAGGCCCAGAGAGGGGCAGCCCAAGGUCACCCGGCAAUCUCAGCCAAGAGCCUAGCCUCCACCCAGCCCCAGCAGCAUGGCUCAGAGCAGGGGAGUGUGGCUGCAUGGUGACACACGCUCCAAAAGGGAAAAGGAGGCAGCCUGGGCACCACUCAGGGACAGCCAAGUUACUGCCUGGUCAACAGAUGUCUGCAGUGUGGUCCGCCCCAGCCUCUGCCCAUCUUGUCUACGCUGUGAACUCUGAAUCAUGACUCACUCCUUCUGGGCUCCCCUCCCUUCUCUACCCCUCUCCUGCGGUCCUGUGUCCUGUCUGCAGCCUACAGGAAGGGCGAGUGAUAGGCCUGCCCCAUCCUGGCUGGACUCAUGGUUCCUGAAUAAUUUCACAGGAACUGCGGGAGACUCACCCCAGCCACCAUGUGGCCAGUGUGUGAGAUUCAUGGCUGCCCCCUUUGCAGGCCACAC